AAUCUCCCCACCUCCUCCAGUGAACAGAGUAUCUGCCAGGCGCGGGCAGCGGUCAUGGUGUAUGACGACGCCAACAAGAAGUGGGUUCCAGCAGGGGGCUCCACGGGCUUCAGCAGGGUGCACAUCUACCACCACACCGGCAACAACGCCUUCAGGGUGGUGGGACGCAAGAUACAGGACCACCAGGUGGUGAUAAACUGUGCCAUCCCCAAGGGGCUGAAGUACAACCAGGCCACACAGACCUUCCACCAGUGGCGCGACGCCCGGCAGGUGUACGGCCUGAACUUCGGCAGCAAGGAGGAUGCCAACGUGUUUGCUAGUGCCAUGAUGCACGCUCUGGAGGUGCUCAACGCCCAGGACUCCGGUCCUACGUUGCCAAGGCAGAGUCCUCAGGUGCCGAAUGGGCCUUCAGUAGAAGAGCUGGAGAUGCAGAGAAGGCAGGUGGAGCUGCAAAGACAGAAGGAGCUGGAGAGACAGGAGAGGGAGAGACUGGAGCGCGACAUGCUGGAAAGAGAACGCGAGAGAGAGCGUGCGGAGAGAGAGCGUGCGGAGAGAGAGCGUGCGGAGAGAGAGCAGGCGGAGAGACAGCGCCUGGAGCAGGAGAGAGAGCAGGAGGAGAGAGAGAGGAUGGAGAGAGAGCAGCAGGAGAGAGAGAGGAUGGAGAGAGAGCAGCAGGAGAGAGAGAGGAUGGAGAAAGAGCAGGAGCAGCUGGAGAGAGAGAGAGACCAGCAGGACUGGGAGAGAGGGAGACGCCUCUCUAAUGCAGCAUUCGAAAGCACCCUCUACACGCCCCCCCCUCCUGAAUACAAGUCCUCCUCCACCCCUGCCUCCCCCUCCACCCCCAACUACCCCGCCCCCGGCACCGCCUCCCCCUCUUCCGCUGCCCCGCCCACCCCUCCACUACGCCACUCAGCCUCCCGAUUCGCCACCUCACUAGGCUCCGCCUUCCACCCCGUCCUCCCUCACUACGCCACGGUUCCCCGGCGACAGCAGGCCCCGCCCCCGGCGCCCGCCCCCCCAACCCCGUCCAAGUCAGUUGUGUGGUCGGCUGCCAACUUCACCCCCCUGCCCCCCUCCCCCCCCGUCAUGAUCAGCAGCCCCCCAGGGAAGGCCCAGGGCCCCCGCCCCGUCAUCGCAAUCCCUGCCCCCUCCCCGCUCACCCAGAAGCCCCCCUCCCCCUCCCCCAACGGCCCCCCCAUGUUCCCCGCCCCCUCCCCCGUCACCAUCUGCAGCACCGCCAACCUCACCCCUCCACCCCCCCCCACCCCGCCCCCUCUCCCCCUCCCCCCCCCCCCCUUUGCCCUGUCCUCCCCCAUGUGUUCUCCCUCUCCCUCAUCCCAGCCCGCCGCUGGUGUCCCCUCUCCCUCCACAGCCCCCCGCCCCGCCAGCCUGCCUGUCAGCCCUAGGCUGGGAGAUGGCUCCUGCUCUGGGCCUGCUCCUGAGCCCUGCGCCCCCCUGGUCCUCCAGGCCCCCUCGCAGGGUAAGGCCUUCUCUCUCUCUGCCCCCCCCCCCCCCCGCCUCCCCUCCCUCUCUAUGUCCACACUUACCCGGGGGCCGAGGCAGCAGGUGCUGACUCCUGGACUACCCACACCCCCCCCCCCUCCCCCCCUCCCUCCUGGUUCCACUGUGACCCCCACGGCGGGCCCCCCUGCCCCCCCGGGCCCCCCCCCACCUCCUCCCCUGCCCCCCACUCUCACCCCCAGCGGCCCCCCGCCCCCGCCUGGCCCCCCCCUCCCCCCCCCCCUCUGGGCAGGCUCCUCCUCCAGUCCCGCCCCCCGCCCCCCCCCCCUCCCCCCUGGGCUGUUCUCCCCCUCGGAGGACCGCCCGCUCUCUGGGCUGGCCGCCGCCCUUGCUGGAGCCAAGCUGCGGAAAGUGCCACGAAGUGAGGACCCGGACCCAGCUGCCCUGGCUGCGGCCGUAGCAGGGGGUGUGGCUGCAGUGGCAGCGGCCAAGCCUGCGGGGGGGAACGGGCCCCUGCCAGGGGGAGGGGGUCUGAUGGAGGAGAUGAGCGCCCUGCUGGCCAGGAGAAGAAGAAUCGCUGAGAAGGGCUCGUCUCCCGAGCCGGACUUGAGAGCGGAGGAGCUGGAGGGGCCUACAACUCCUAAAGUGUCAGCCUGUAGCACGCCAGACAUGCCCAGGAAGCCCUGGGAGAGGACUAACACCAUGAACGGUAGCAAAUCCCCCGUCAUUGGAAGACCUAAGUCAACUCCCACACCCACUGGAUCUUUCAGUGCCAACGGCGUGCCAACAGAAGGCCUUGACUAUGACAGAUUGAAACAGGACAUCUUGGACGAGAUGAGGAAGGAGUUGUCCAAGCUGAAAGAGGAGCUCAUCGAUGCGAUCAGGGAGGAGCUGGGGAGGUCCAGCUCAGCAUAAAGGACUGACCUCACGUCCCGGAACGUCCCAGAACGUCCCAGAACAUCCAGACCCUGUUCACUCCUGCAGACACUAUACACCCACACAGGAAAACACAUCCACAGGUGACAUUAACGACAGCAACCGAAGUAACACAGAGGACUUGUCUGUGGGCGGAGCAGUACAGGCCCACAGCCCAGCGGGGCGUGUAGCGUGUUGCGUGUAGCGUGUAGCGUGGGCGUCCGCUGACGUCCAUCUUGUGAAGCCUCUUCACGUUGUUGUCUUUCCUGGACGGCAGGACACAGUCUUAACCUGAAGCGACUGUCUUUAUGCAAAGAUUCCUUUCUUUGUCUAUUACACUACAAAUCCGCAAUUAAACUAAAUAUUAAAAUGUAUUGAACUGUAAAACUGUAUUAACCAUUGAAGGACGUGUGUGAAAUCUAGCAGGAAGUUUUCAUGCUUAAUGGGAGUUUAUCGUGGCACACAAGUGUGAUUUCAUGUUCAGGGAGUGGUGAGAGAUCGGGAGGCAGAGGGUACCGACCAUGUUUCCAUGUUGGAGCCUCUAUGUGUGAGAGAAUGAAGGACUGGGUAGAGUCUACCACUGCAGGACUUUGUAAAGCUUGUCUUCCUCAAAUACUAUUUUAAUCUGAAUAUAAACAAAAAAAGAGAGAAAAAAAGAUAUUUACAAAAGAAAUCUAUCAAUCAUGUCUGUUUCAAUGUAAAUCCUCGGCCAUAUCAAGUAGCUUAAUCAAAUCUCUACCGGAUGGUCAGUCAUUGUCUUCUAGUCUGUAAUAUCCAGAAAUAAUAAUUUCCUAUCUUUUUCAAAUCCUCCUGAAGAGCUACUGUACUGCGUUUCCUAUGUGUUGUGUGUGUCAUCCUGAUGAUGUCACAGGCUGAUGAUGUCACAGGGGAGUGUCCUCUCUAAAAUCAAUCAUUGUAGCUCCUUACCAAACCUAUUCUGACGGUGAAAGUGAUGGUUUAAAAUGCUAAACUGGCCAUGAGCAUGUUCUGUAGAAGGAUCCAGACAGUUAUUUGAGGGGUUCUUUUCCUUCCAUUUCAUUUUUGUCACAUUUGGUGCAUGUUACGUUUUUAUACACAGUGAAGGUCACUGAGGUCGCCACGAAAAAUGUAAUUACUUCAUCAUGAGUUUAUAAGCAAUAAGUGUAGCAUCUAUCUUUAUUGACACCCCCACCCACUCACUGAUCCUGCCUUGGACAUCAAGGUCUGGAGAUGGGCCCAGCUGCCCUCCCUAUCACAGCUGCUGAAGGUCUGGAGAUGGGCCCAGCUGCCCUCCCUAUCACAGCUGCUGAAGGCGACUCUGCUUGUUUCAUUUUCAGUGAAGCUUUAUGUUAGCAGCUGCAUUUCUUCAUGUUAGAUUUUUCUUUUGAAAUGCUUAUUAUGGAGGAGCUGUGUGUUGGGGGGGAGGAUGUGCUUGUGCCAUUUAGCUUGUCUCAGUGUGCUUACUGAUGAACGCAUCUGUGUGUUGCUUUUUUAAUGGUUUGCCUCCUGCCACUCAGUUAAAAAAAAAGAAAAUGACAGUUUCCCUGUUGGUUUUGUUCAUCACAUGCUGAAGAAAGCAUGUAUCUUUUCAGUGAGCCAAGUUAGCGUUUCCAAACGUUUCGCCGUCCCUUAAUUCUAGCUUCUUUCCUUUUGACUUGACUGUCUCUAGAGAGACUGAUGUUGAUCAGGGCUCAUAAUCAAAUCUGCACAGGAGAGCUGAAUCCUGCUGGGUUUAAUCUUAUUUCCUUUCUCAUCAUCUUCUAAGGAGUAGCAGAGCAUGUAAAACUGGUCCGUACAGAUGUGUGUUUACAGCAUCGAUUGCACUUUAAAAACCCAUAGAAAUCCACAACAACCACAAAUCCUGCUGCGUUCAGACUGCAGCCUCCAUUGCCAAUAAUGUGGCUAAUUCACCAAAGGUUUCAGAUGCCAGUCUACUCCUGCUAAACACAGCACACUCGAACUGAGUCGCCUUUUGUUGCAUAUCAUUGUCAAGAGACAGGUACAUCUCUAUCAAUUUAAAGUCCUUCGGAUUGGGAAGUGAAAGGUUCUGAUCACGGAUAUAGUUCAUAUCUACAUGAAUAACUGUUCUGAUCACAAAUAUAGUUCAUAUCUACAUGAAUAACUGUUUGUGAAUCUUCAUGGUUUGUGCCUUGUUCUGAAGUUGCAUUUAAUAUGUCAAAGACUAGGGAAGAUCUACAUGCUAGUAUUAAUUCUAUAGGGGCUGUCAUAAUAUAGAUGAUCUUGUGUUUUGCAUCCUGUUCAAAGUUGUUAUAAAGGGAGUGUUUUUUUGUUUUGUUUUUACUUUGGAAUUUAUCUGUACAAAUAAACCCAGCCUUUUGUUUUCUCCUGAGGCCAUUACUAUGUUACACAGUUACGGUGUUAUUAUCUGGUAUUAGAAAGCUUAACAAAACACAAUGGCUCAAAGUAACUCAGUUCCCAAACUUUUAACACCAUCUGAGAUGGUGGACUAGCUAACACUGAAAGAAAAUCUGGAACUUAAAUCAAUGACAUUUCUCUUUCCUGACUUUUAUUCUUUUGGCAUUCACAUUUUACCAUACCGUUCUCAGAUUAAUUAGACUUUUCUUACAUACUAACAUUGUUUUGUUUGAGCAAAUGAAAUAAAAAUUGCAAUACAUGAUUA